AUGACAACACCGGCCGCAUCUGGUGUGCGCAAACGGGUGCAUGCCAGCGAAUCCUGGCUGGCUACGAGCUGGCUUCAGCCGUCUUCACGCCGGAUGGAGGGCGGGUGCUGGCGGCUUGUUCCUGGGAGGACUGUGCCCUGCUCUGGCAGGUGCAAACUGGGGAGCUGCUACGGAGCUUUCAGCCGCACAGCGCAGCGGUGCUCUCGGCUGCAAUCUCCCCAGACGGCCAAACGGUGGCGACAGCCUCAUGGAAUGGCGAACUGCACCUUUGGUGGGCCGACUCGGGCUGUUGCCGUGCCUGUCUCGCAAGCGCUGAUCAGAAAUCCAAGGUGCACGUGGUUUUCUCACCAGAUGGCAGUCGCCUCGUCACGGCCAGCAUCCACCAUGUGGCACAAGUCUGGGACCUUGAAUCGCCAAGCCCGCGGCUGGAGCUGCGCCAUGGCAACUCUGUGA